UUCAAAAUAUUAUAUGCAAUUUGCUUGACACUAUGUUUAUUAAUAUCGCAACCUUGACCUUUUUUACUUAUAAAUAGAACAUGAAAUCAAAUUUCAUAUACGUAGGAAGGCCUUGCAAAAAUCCAGUUAGUCCGUUAUCGUCGUGUUAACGUUAUCGCCGUUUGAUCCAACAUUAGUUGAAAUCAUUCAAAGAAAUGGUAAAAGUGCUUAAAUUAUGUAAAAAUGUUUGAAUUUAACUAUAAGAUUUUAUUUUAAGAUGGUAAAAUAAUUAUCAAUGUACCUGGUUAUGCAGAACCCCUUAUUACAUAAUUUAGAUAAAAAUCCCAUGAAAAUAAAUUUUGUUGGCCUUGCUACUUGGAAUAAACACCCAGCUAAAUGGUUCUACAACUGUCAAUUCGACGAAAAUUCAAAAAUGGAAGGCCAAAAAAACAAUGAAGAACAGUUAGUGUUUUCAAAGCUAUUGCCCACAGAUUCUAAUAUGAAACAAGUGAUGGAAUAUUUUUGGUCUGGAUUCUUAAACAGGCAUAAAUCAUUUUUUCAAGGGAUAGUUCCAACAUUGGACAAAUUUGAUGACAAUCAAGUGGUAGAGUUUCAACAAGGAGUUAUUGAGCUAAUGAAAAAAGUCAAGAAAACUUCAACUAGACAACAACCGAUUCCGCAGAUAGAUCAACGAUUUGGAUCUUGAAGAAUCUUUGUGCUCAUAUUCAUAUAUCGGGAAGUAGAUGGUAUUUGGAAGAAAGACUUCACCGAUCAUCCGUAGCUUCUUGGAAAGCUUAAUUAUUUUAAUUUUUUUUUUGUGUACGUUUAGAUUCAUUCUCGUAAAUUUAUGAAAUAAAUACGUUUUGGUUUGAAUUAUCAUAUGUUUUAUUUUCUUAUGUUUAGUGUAGGUAUGUAAGAUACCAGUGUCUGACGAUUGAGGUAAGUAUGGUAAGUAUGGUAAGUACCGUGAAUAAAUGUAAAAAAAUAA